UUUCUCUUUACCAACACAACAUUAUUGUUACGUUUGCCCCGGUAACAACUAACUAACAAGUUACUUGUUUCUGACAGAGUUUGGGUUGUUCAACUGAACUUUUACUUGUUCUUGGUAGACCUUGGUGCGGAGGACUACCGUAGAUCUACGACUAUCACCACCUUCACUGCAAACUGCACUGCUGCAGCGCUGCUCGACGGUUCACUCGCCGUAGUUACGUGGUUACGUGGUCUACACCCAGGACCUAGCCCUGCCACUGCCAGUAGAUCUACCACGCUGUGAUCUUCCAAGUGCUGUGUGUGAUGCACACUGACUCUGUAGCUCUAGAUCUACCCGUACAGCUUCAGUCUUUCAGAGCCGUUACAUGGCUCGACUUCGAUUCUAGCCUAGACCACGGCGUGCACUCAUUACUCAGUUCGACCAUACUUGGUCGGCAACAGAGGUAGCACUGUCGACAGCAGAUCGACCCCUGGUUGCGCAGUGCGGUUGUCACAUUCAGCCACACAUCCUCCGCUCCAUGACUGCAUGAGUUCUUGCCCAGCACUGCCAGGUCUGGUUCAUACAACCUACCUGGCAUCCAGCAGAGAGUCUAGCAACUCUGGAGCUGUUUCAGUAGCGUGGCUAGUUUCAGCCUUUGCCAGCAAACCAUCCUGGCAAAAUCUUACCAAAAUUGUGCAAGGCGACAUUUUCUUUCCAGUCGAGUCCUGGGAUGUGCGCAAGCUACGUGUGCUUAUGUUGAGCGACACGCGACGGGAACUGCUUUUCGUGAGCUCUAGGCAGAAUCGUUGAUGUGUCGGACUUGAGAGGAGUGGAUAACGGUGUCUCUUCUAUUCCGAGUUCUCAUAUCAGCAUGGAUAACGGCUGCUUUUGCCCUGCAACGCCGCCAACGGCUCCUGCAUCGUCGGCAGACUCCUGCCAGAACGACAUUGGCCUGGCCGUGGGCAUUGGUGUCUUGGUGGCAUGUGUAAUCAUCCUGGUCGCGUGGCUCAUCUUCUAUAUCUGCUGUUACCGUAGGUCGGGCAGAUUCUCGCGACUGCACAGUUCGGCAUGGGGUGGAUCUACGGCCAUCGAAAGAAGUGGUGGCGGGCCAAGUAACCACGGCACAUCAUCACAUAAACACUUUGCAGGCAACUACUUUGUGGACGCCAAUGAUAGCUACCUACUGGAGUCUGGCCAGCCGCAGGUUGAGUUCAACUAUUUCAACGAAGGUGCAACUGACUCUGGAAGUGAUGCACUGCCGCAGGAAGGCAGUCAGGUUCAAACGCCCGACGCCACUGCUACACACCGCACACUGGCACCGCAGAGCAGUCAGAAGUCAGCUGCUCUACUGGAGGACACCAGCGCCAGCAGCAGCUUCUCGCCAAACCUCGGAGACCGUGCAAACUUCCCCAUUAUCGGUCACAACGACAACUUGCCUCCGAUGGCCGACAACACCAUGUCCCUGCGCUCUAACACCACUAUGGCCGCCAUGGACCUGAGCUUCUGGCCCAGUUUGCCAGGUGAGAGUAAUGUUGAUCUACGUGCUCCGGUGCUGAGUGCUCGCAUGACCGCUGAUGGUGAGGCUAACAUAUUCACAUCGGAGCAGAUGCAAGUGAUACUAUCCUUCACAGAUACGAGCGGCUCGCAAGCUGGAGCUGUGACCAUCGGUACAUCAUCGCGCCCAGAGGAUCAACCCGACUUAGACCAGGCAUCAUCCCUAGUCACGUCAGUGUACACUGUAUCAUCACUGUCGGCAGUAUCCGGUACAUCCUCAGCAUCCCUGUGCCAAGUGCGUGUUCCCUUGUCAUGCCAUCUGAUGGAUAUUGACAGUAACGAUGAAACCGGCUAUGAUUCCCUGCCAGAGGUGAAUAACCUGGUGGUUAUGACCAGCAAAUUGAAUGAAGAUGGUACCAACUCGGAAUGGACUGAUGUGGGUCCCGUGGCAGACUUUGUCGAGUGCAGCCAGGAAGCUCGCUCUGCCGGCGGGGACUGCCCGUCGGGCUACGUGGAGUUUGGCGUGACUGACUCAGCGCUGUAUACCGUACGCUGCGACAGUGGUAUCUGGGUGAAGAGCAUGUGCUUGAGUCAUUUUGCCGCAGCACUGGACGAGGACCAGACCUGGGCUCUAAGAGUCUUUCUGCACAGAGAUAGAACUGUGGAUUAUGAGACAAUCACCCAGUAUGCUAAGGAGUUCAACAUGAUGCCCGUUGGCAUGCCACAGCCGUUCCACUUACCUCAGCAUAGCUAUGUACAUGUUCUCAUAUCCUCCAUCACUGAGGGGUGUGCACUGGAUGGCAGCUCACACGGGGUGCUGCAUGGCGAAGGCUGCUGGCCAAACCUAGAACAGCCACCGUUCGUAGAGUUCAGAUUGCGACAAGUGCACGGUUGCCUGCCAUUGCCUCUGGUGCGUGUCAGAACAGAUGUUGUCGUGGCGGAUGACUUCGAUAACAUCACAUUUGAGCUGCUCAGUCAGUGGUCAACUAAGGCCCAGAUGAAGAUGGACAAGAAAAUGCCCGACUCACUGCUGUGCAAUUCUUCAGCAGCGGGACCGUGGCCAUGGUUACUGGUGUCACCAUGGCAGCAACUGACCAAGGCGCAAGUGAAUCAGAUGGCAGCAAUCCUAGACAGGCCGUUGAUGGGCGAUCAGGACUACUCCACGUUGGCGGCACUGCUUGGCUAUACCGAGGAGCAGGUCAAGUUCUUUAGUCUGCAACGUCCAAGUCCGACCGAGGCGCUCCUCAAGGACUUGCACACGCGCCUGCCAGUGAAUCGCAUCACUGAUCGGCUGCUGGUUGCCAUGGGACGCAUGGGUGCUGUGUGGCUGAGCGACUUCUUACGACAGGCAUGCAGGGUUGACAGAGCAACGGCACUGGCAUUGAAUGAAGAUAUCACAAGCAGUGUCGGUGAUACUCUGCCACGGCGGGCUGCAUCAGGAAUAUACAGCUCAAUCCGGCGUACAUUGAACGGAACGCUGAAGUUGACGGACGAGGAAAAGAGAGACUCUCUUGGCCACUACCAGCGCCGAGUGCAGCGCAUGAGCGGCCGCAAGCUUGUCACCAACAAGCGAUCCAGUGCUGCGGCCAGCUCAGCUUCUGUUGCCAUCUAUGCCAGCGCAUCUGCCAUGCCAACACCGCCAACGUCGGCACCCCCUGUGACGGGCAAGAGCACAUGCUCUCCAAACCAUUCCUGGACAAAGCCGUUGAUAAACAACCAGGACUCGGUGGAAGACUUGACACGCUCUAUAAAUGCGCUGAGUAAAGACGAUCUAGAAGAGGAUGAAGUGUGCGAACUGAGUGGCAAACACAACGACCUUACCUUCACAGCGAGUGGGCAAAGUGAAAAGCGGAAUAAGAUACGGGGCCAGUCCACUUCAGCCCUGUACGCAUCGACCAAGGUCGUAGUUGAGAAACAUGGCCGACUUGCUCAGGUGCUAACACCAGCUGGCCCAAGUGGAGCUGUGUACACUCUUCACCAUGACCCCGCUGCACCACAUCGGGCGAUACUUCAGCCAGCGCCAUACAUUGGCAGCAAUCAUGUCGCCUCCAGCUUCCACCAAUCCCUCGACCAGCCGACAAUGGACGGUGAAAGUACACAUCCCAGGGAAUCUUCAAUUGUAAGUCGUGUUGCGAAGAAAUUGACGAGGACGUCGUCCAUGCCAUCAACUGAGCGAAGUGCCAAGCGAAAAAUCCGUCAACGUCCCGUCAGUAAUGACGUCAGUGACGAUAUAUUACCGUCGCUUGUAUCGGACAGUGUUCUGAAACCUUCUCCUACUCUGACCACACCUCAACAGGUCAAUGAGCAAGCAAUAUCGGUUCCUAAAAGACUUCAUCCCUACGAAGAACAUAUCGUGCCUGCACCGCCAAGGAAGGAAAGCCUGAGGCCGAGGCCGCAGUAGCUUGGCUGUAGCCGGGUAGCCAGGACAUACUAUGCAGAGCGGCAUAGGUUGGUUGCUUGAUCAUGUACAUGCACUCGUGCAUGUCAUGUUAUUACUUGAGAACGAAAAGAAAGACUCUAGGGCCUUGUGGUUGUGGUCUGCCUUGAGUGCUGACAGAGAAACGGCCCGGUAUAUAGUGUUAGGCAUACUGACAUAGCCAUGUGUUCCUUUUAGGGUGCUUUUGUUUGCUGCAGUCCCCACAGUUACUGGCCACUUUGAAUGCCAUUUCCCCACAAAGGGUAUUUUUAGAAGCAAGAAAAUAUUGGCAUCAGCAAGCACUUUAUGCAACAUUGCCGAAUUGAAUAUUGCUCAGUUUGACACUUAUCACGUGAGCCUUGCCAUUUUAAUUUUGUUUCAAGCUUUCUAUAUUGUUUGCCAUUGGGGUCACGUAAUCAACGAUUCCUUAAGUUAAGUUAAAUACAGCGGCACAGUACUGUGCCGUGUGUGUUACGUGUGUUUACCCUGAAAAUUCACCAUCGGCUGUGUGUGUGUGUGUGCCGUGUGUACAUGAUAUUUAUACUCUAUGAUUUGUGUACUCUAAUUUAACACACCUUGACCUGUUAUAUCUUCAGACACUCUGCAGUAGCCUACAACGU